AUGUCAGAAACUAAACGUAGUGAGAGAUUAGGCGUGCGCAAGAGAAAGGACGUCCUGAAAAAGAAAAAGAGCCCUCCCGUCCCCGAAAGAGUGAGAAGGAAGCUGCGCAUGACGUUCCCAGUUUUUGAGACUCAGGAGGGUGAGCGGGUUCAUGCCCCAGUCGAAUAUAACCAAAUAAAAGAGCUGGCAGAGUCUGUCAGAAGGUACGGAGUUACAGCCAAUUUCACCCUAACCAUUCUUGAAAGGCUGGCCCUAAAUUAUUUGACACCCGCCGAUUGGCAGAUGAUUGCAAUGGCGACCCUUGUUAACAUGGGCCAAUAUAUGGAAUGGAAGGUGCUUUGAUAUGAGGCAGCUCAAACACAGGCAAGAGCUAAUGCCACUGCGUUAACGCCUGAGCAGCAAGAAUGGACGUUUGAACUCUUGACAGGACAGGGUCGCGUCGCAGCGGACCAAGCUAAUUACCAUUGGGGCGCUUAUGUUCAAGUCUCCAGCUCGGCCAUUAAGGCCUGGAAGGCACUCACUAAGAAAGGAGGGGCCGAUAAUCAACUUACUCGUAUCAUCCAGGGACCCCACGAACCAUUCUCAGACUUUGUAGCCAGAAUGACAGAGACUGCAGGACGAAUAUUUGGUGAUGCGGAGCAAGCGGCACCGCUCAUAGAACAACUUGUUUUUGAGCAAGCCACCCAGGAAUGCCGAGCAGCCAUAGCCCCCAGGAAAAAUAAAGGGUUACAGGAUUGGCUCAGAGUCUGCAGAGAACUUGGCGGGCCCCUUACUAAUGCAGGCUUGGUGGCCGCCAUUCUCCAGUCCCGGCGACGCCCCCUUAAAGGGACAGAUACAAGAUCAUGUUUUCAAUGUGGAAAAGUGGGCCAUUUAAAAAGAGAUUGUAGGAUAACCAAGGGAGACAGGAGGCCUGCAACUAUCUGUGUCCGAUGUGGCAAGGGCUACCAUAGGUCUGACCAGUGCCGCUCAGUGAGGGAUAUUAAGGGCAAACUGCUCCCUCCUUUAGAAGCUCAGCCUAAUGAGAUGUCAAAAAGCGGAUCGUUGGGCCCCCGGUCCCAGGGCCCUCAAAGAUAUGGGAACCACUUUCAGAAAGCCAUGACCCUGACAGAGGGGACUCCCCAAGAGGUGACACAAAAUUGGACCUGUGUGCCGCCUCCGACUUCUUUCUAAUGCCCCAGAUGGGCAUUCAGCCAAUUCCUGCUCAGACUGUGGGGCCUUUGCCCCCAGGAACAAUAGGC